AUGCUGCCAUUACCUUGGACACACAACCUACUAUCACUAAUUGAAUUUAAAGAACUAAGGGGACAAUUCGUCUCAAAUCUCCAAGCCACAGAGGAGAAGGAUAUGUUUGGCCGAUCUCUGCUACACUUGGCCCUUGAUCUCGGUGUAGGUGACGACGCUGUACACCUGCUCAGUGGUGCCGCUAAUGAGCCCGACAUUUGGGGUCGUCUUCCUCUACACAUCGCUUCCUCCACUGGCUGUAUUGACUUAGCCACACGUUUGAUCUACGACCAGGCAGGAAUUCAAGCGAAGGAUAAGAUGGAUUUGCAACCUCUCCACUAUGCUAGUGCUGCGGGGCAUUUGGACAUUGUGAAUCUGUUGAUUGAUAAAGUUGAAAUUGACCCAAAGGACUGGCAUGGCAGGACGCCUCUCCUCUUUGCUGUCGAGAACGGACAUGUAGCAACAGCUACUAUGCUUCUUGAUAAUGGGGCUAAUAUUGAAAAUGGUGAUGUGGAUGAAUGGACACCACUGCUGCAUGCUAUCAAUCAUGGACGAGUGGGCGUUGUUGACUUGCUCCUUCGUAAAGGCGCCCAGGUCAAGCCAAUGAUGGAAGCUACAAUUCCUAUGAUCCCAUUUCCUAUGAUCCACCCUUUGAGGGAAAGACAUCUUGGCGUCAUCAAGCUGCUUGUUGAACAUGGGGCUGUUGAGGAGAUUUGUCGUUUCAUUAGCAAAAAUCUUCUACUUUGGGCUGCUAAGAUGCAAGAUCAUCGCCUCGCUCGUCAACUGGUCCUCCACAAAGUCUUUCGAACACCCAUCGCUACUAACGGUAUCACUGCGCUUUCGUAUGCCGCUGAACAAGGAAAUCACGAAAUCGUGGUGGAACUGCUCGAAAAUGGAGUGGACCCUAACGAAAGGUGCAGCGGUCGUGAACUACCGUUGUCAUACGCUGUGGCGGGGGGACACGUAAAUGUCACGAAAGAACUACUCGAACACAACGCCAACCCAAAUUCAAGAUCUGGUAUAGAUAUGGAUGGUCAAAUUUUUAUCGUCAAAGCAUUUGACCUAGGAUAUCCGGAUAUCAUUGACCAUCUUGUUGCUUGGGGGGCCGAUGUCGGCGCUAUCGCUUCUCGUGGCUGGGCGCCAAUCUUCCCGGCUGCUGUCAAUGGCCAUCUAGGCGCUGCUGAAGGCUCAUAA